AUCAAAGCAGCUUGUCUUUUACAUGUCCCUACUCUAAAAAUGGAAUUAACUGGAUUUACCUCUAAAGGACGCUUUUUGGUGGUCUUAUGUAUACUUUCUUACCUUUACAAAUCCACCGCUGCUGAGGGGAGCUGCAAACUCAAGGCCAAAUUUAACCUGAGGGGUUAUAAGGAAGUGGAGAAGAAGACGGUGGUUAUUGGCGGUAUGUUUCCCGUUCAUCAACGCCUAGUUGACACUGACAGCAACACCACAAUCGCUCCAGAAUCCUCUGAUUGUGAGGGCUUUAACUUCCGUACUUUCCGCUGGGCUCAGACCAUGCUGUUUGCCUUGAAUGAGAUCAACAACAGAAAUGACAUCUUACCCUAUACUGAGCUGGGUUACGUCAUCUAUGACUCCUGCUUCACUAUUUCCAAAGCCGUAGAGGGAACACUCACCUUCUUGACAGGCCAGGACGAAGCUGUGCCUAACUACCGUUGCGGGGAUGGACCCCCUCUCUCUGCUUUGGUGGGGGCUGGAAGCUCUGAUCUGUCCAUAGCCACAGCCAGGAUACUCGGCCUCUACUAUUUCCCACAAAUGAGUUAUGCAUCUUCGUGCUCAGUUCUUGAAAGCAGGUUUCAGUACCCCACCUUCCUCCGCACCAUCCCUAGCGAUGAGCACCAGUCUGUCGCCAUGGCAAAACUAGUGCUUCAUUUUGGCUGGACCUGGGUGGGUACCAUUGCGGCUGAGGAUGAUUACGGGAAAUACGGCAUCAAGAGGUUCAAAGAGGUGGUGGAGGAGGCAGGAGUUUGCAUAUCCUUCUCCGAAACCCUCCCCAAGAUCAGGAACCCAGAGGCCAUCGAGCGCAUCGUGCAGACGGUGCUGGAUUCCACGGCUAAGAUCAUCGUGGUGUUCUCCUCCGAUGUGGAUCUGAGCCCUCUAGUGGGGGAACUCUUGCGUAACAACGUCACUAACCGCACGUGGAUCGCCAGCGAGGCCUGGGUGACGUCAGCCGCCAUCUCCCGUCACCCCAACAUACUGCCUGUCCUGGGAGGUACAAUAGGGUUUGCCGUCAAGCGUGCAGAAAUACCUGGCCUGCAAGAGCAUCUGCUGAGCGUUAGUCCAUAUAAUGACACUCUGACAGAAGAGUUUUGGGGGAUAGUCUUCAACUGUACAAUGAAUUAUAAGCAGAUAAUGAGAGGCAUGAGGAGAUGCACCGGAGAAGAGAUGCUACAGAAGUUAAGUAAUACUUUCACGGACGUGUCUCAGUUAAGGAUUACAUAUAAUGUGUAUAAGGCUGUAUAUGCUGUGGCAUAUGCCCUGCAUAACCUAGAGGACUGUAAAGACGGCAGUGGCCCAUUUGAGAAUGGCACAUGCGCUGACAUUACCAAAUUUGAGCCUUGGCAGCUGAUGUACUACUUGAAAAAUCUCAGAUUCACUGUUCCUCACACCGGAGAGGAGAUAUACUUCAAUAAUGGCGAUGUAGAUGGCUUUUAUGAAAUCUUAAAUUGGCAGAGUGAUUCAGAAGGAGAGAUUACAUAUAACCAUAUUGGUUACUACAAUAGCACAGCACCCCCUGAGGAGAAGCUGAUCAUCAAUAAUGGAUCCAUCAUAUGGAACAAUGAUGUUCUGGAGAUACCACGAUCUGUGUGCAGUGAGCGAUGCCAGCCCGGCACCAGGAUGGGUAUCCGACAGGGAGAACCAGUUUGCUGCUUUGACUGCAUCCCCUGCGCAGAUGGCGAGAUCUCUAACACAACAGAUGCACGAGGCUGUAUCCAAUGCGAUGAAGACUACUGGUCCAAUGCUAAUCACGAUGAGUGUGUGCCAAAGACCAUUGAAUUCCUAGACUUUGCUGAACCACUUGGGAUCACGUUGAUUGCCAUUUCUGCUUUUGGGGCUUUAGCUACUAUUGUAGUUGCGAUUAUCUUAUUGAUGCACCUUAACACACCUUUGGUGAAUGCCAACGAUCCACUGCUUAGCUUCUCCCUGCUACUGGGUUUAGUGAUAACCUUUCUCUGCUCCAUUGUAUUCCUUGGUGAGCCUCAGAUGUGGUCUUGCAUGACCAGCCAGGUGGCUUUGGCCGUAGGCUUUGCUCUGAUCCUCUCCUCACUAAUGGGCAAAUCUGCUCUGCUCAUGCUGAGAGCCAGAGCUGUAAAAGCCGUCAAAUCUGCUGUCAAAGCAGCCAAAGCGGCAGCUGCGGCAUCUGAGCAGAGUCCCGACACUGCCGUUAUCGCUCCAGCUAUUCCUCAGAAGAAUGACAUAGAUCCCAUACAUCCCAGACACCAGAGGGCGAUAAUGAUAGUUUGCACUCUUAUCCAAGCAGUGGGCUGCACCGUGUGGCUGAUUCUGAUGCCGCCACAUCCUGUAAAGAACACAGCCGCCCAGAACAUCAAGAUUAUUCUGGAGUGCGACCCUGGAAACAUCAUCUUCAUCUGCUCGAUCUUUGCCUAUGACAUUCUUUUGGCCGUGCUGACUUUUGCUUUUGCUUUUGUGGCACGAAAGUUGGAAGACCACUUCAACGAGGGCAAGAGCGUGACCUUCGGCAUGCUGGUGUUUUUCAUCGUUUGGAUCUCCUUCGUGCCUGCCUACCUGAGCACACGGGGGAAAUUCAUGGUGGCGGUGCAAAUCUUCGCCAUUUUGGCUUCCAGCUUCGGCCUGCUGGCGUGCGUCUUCAUCCCCAAGUGCUAUGUGCUGCUUAUCAAACCAGAGAGAAACAAAGAGGAAAUGUUGAUACCCCGAGCCAAAUCACGUGACACAGCCGCCGCAAGCUCUGCGUCGCUCGCCACCACCAGCAGCUCCGCUAACGCUAAUGGAACCACUGUAUCCACUGUGUCUCUAGAUGACUGAAGCCAGUCCCAAAAAAACUAUCUACUAUGUCACUGUGAAUGUAGAAAUCUUAUACUGGACUUUGCCAUAUUUCCAGGAUGUUUAAUAUAAGUUUAUUUAGAAUAACAGUAAAGGGCUUAAGACUUGCGUGCAUGUGAAAUGAGGUACAUCUUUUAAUAUCUAACUGUGGGUCCAAACCAUUUUUAACUUUUGCAUUCCAAUGUGUUCAUCUAACAUCAGAAUACUCCCUGAUAGCACAGGUACAUCACAGAGAUGUCUAUUUGACAUCUCCAUUUACAUGUGCAAGACGUAUUUUUUAGUGUUUGCUCAUCUCCAAUACGUCUAUAGGAUGUCUCCUAUCAGAUGCCAAAUAGACAUCUAUUAGAUGUCUUUAAAAUGUAUAUGGUUUAGAAUGUAUGUAAAACUGACAUCUUACAGACGUCUGUCAGAUGUACUGUUUGUACAGCAGAUGCUUUCCAGAUCAAGUGAUCUUUAACAGACAUCUUGCAGACGUACAUGUGCUAUCUGGGCUGGGAAGUCUCAUUUUCGAAGCUUAGUUUCAAUAAAUUAAACCAUAAAAAAUUAAAGAGCACAAAAAAAAGGGAAAAAAAAGAUGCAACACUUUUAAUGAACCCAAUAAAUAAAUACAUUUAUUUUAAUAAAUUACACCUUUUUUUUCAUGAGGUUUGUACAGUACAGUUACGUUGUGUUUUUAUACUACUUACAUUAAAUUUCAGAAGGUCAAGGAACAACUGAUUCCUAUUUUUUGCUAUUUUAUUUUUGGUAGUUUAAACAACAAAUACGCUAUAAAAGUGAAAAAAGAAACAAAUAAAGAGAAUGGGAAAAGAAAAAGAUGCAAACCCUUUAAAUGAGCAGGAAUUUGUGCUCAGAGAUUUUUUUUUUUAUGACUGUAGCUUAGUUGUUCAAAUUACAGCAAAAACCCAGCACUGACUACAUCAUAAAAUAAAUAAAUAAACAAAUAUUUUCAGAGGUAAAUUUUGAUCUUAAAUCAGGGGUGUCCAAACUCAUCCUGGAGGGCCGGUGUCCUGCAGAGUUUAGUUCCAACCCCAAUUAGACACACUUGAACCAGCUAAUCACACUCUUACUAGGCAUACUAGAAAUUUUCAGGUAGGUGUGUUGAGGCAAGUUGAAGCUAAACUCUGCAGGACACCAGCCCUCCAGGACUGGGUUUGGGCACCCCUGCCUUAAAUGGAUGAAAAAUGAAAGAGGUACAUGUAAUACUGAUGUCUGACAGCAGGUGGAAGCAUUGAAGGGCCAUAAACUGAGAUCUCUUCCACUGGAGAUGACACAAUAAAAUAAACUGUUCUGUUUGUUCUCAGUUGUUAUAUAAAAAAAUGAUUGUAAUAGUUUUGCUAACAUACAAUGAAGUAUAUUUUUGUGAAAACUCUGUAAACUAUACUGGUAAUUGAUGUGUGAUUUUGAAAAUUAAUUUUCAAAUUUAGAUUAGACUUUGUGUGUUUUUAGAUAUAUAUGGGAGGCAUCAUUGAUUCAUACACAAACUGCAUCUAAUGUGAACUGUUUAGAGGUACAGUUAAUUCUAAACAGGACUCUAGGCCUUCGUUGUGUUGCUCGUAAACACUACUAAUGAAAACAUAUGUAUUGCUUUGU